AUGGAAAACUCAACACAGGUCAACAACAAUCAAGGUGCGUUCAGCAGAAAAAAUAAUUUCUCAACCAAGACUAUAGGAGAAAGGACAAUGGAAAACUCAACACAAGCCAGCAACAGUCAAGGUGCAUUCAGCAGAAAAAAUAAUUUCUCAACUAAGAGUAUAGGGAAAAAGAAAAUGUCGAAGGCAGCGCGAAUGAGGGAAGAACAACACGCAAAAAUCAGAGAGCAAUUCCUGAGGGACCUCUUUACUAAGGAUAGGUCCGAGAGUGGAUUUAGCAUCUUCGACGAAAAAGAACCUGAACCAAAAAGGUAUAGGUCAGAGGUCAAAAUCCAGAUGGAUAAACACAAGGCGAUCAAUGCGGAGGAACCAAAAAAGCAUAGGUCAGAGGUUAAAAUCCAAGUGAACAAGCCCAAGGUAGUCAAGGUGGAGAAGCCAAAAAGAUUCAAAUCUGAGGUUAAGAUCCAGCUGAAGAAACCUAAGGAAAAGCCAACCAGACCUAUAAGGAAAGCACCGAUAUACUAGAGGGUGUAAGUCCAUGGAAACCAACACCAAAGCCGAGGACUAUUCUCCCUAAGGUCAGACCAAUACCGUUACCAAGGAAGAAACUUCAGGAUACAAAACCGACUCCACCACCGAGGAUACGUAAGCCGGUGAAGAAGAUGAGAGAAGUCGAGCAACAACCUCAAGUGAUCACACCCGAGGAACAUGAGAUUGAUCCAUUCGGAACUGACUUGCAGAUGCCCGGUCAUAGGAAGAUAGAGACAGCAGCUAACGGGUCUGUCACACCUCUGUAUAGUGACCCACUAAACCAGAUGACAUCAAGCAGACAAGUGGUGAGGAGUAUAUUGGUAAAUGAGUUGAAGAAAAUGGGUGGACUAAAGUACACGGAGACGCUAAAGGUGAAAAUGUCGAAGGAAGUCGGAAAUGGAAAAACAAAGAAAGACUCGGUGUACUUCAAAUCAAAGACAGGAACCGCAACCAACUUCGAGGACAUAGAGAAAACAGCUGCCUUCAACCAACAGACAGUACUUGCAAGAAUCGAAACAUUUCAGAACCUUGGAAGUAACUGGAUAAUAAUGAACAUUGAGAGUCACUACAUUAACAUCGCAAUGUACAAGCCACUGGCUGGUAGCUCAUACAUGGAACUCCCUAAGGAUAUAAGUAAUUCCAAAUGUGGAUUGAUCAAUAUAAGAAACGAUGACAACAUGUGCUUCAUGUGGUGCCACGUCAGACACCUCAGACCUAAAACCAAACGAGCAACAACCAUAACCCAAAACGAUAGGGACUUCGAGUUGAAUCUGGACUACAGUGGUAUUGAGUUCCCUGUGAAGAUAAGCGACAUAGGGAAAAUAGAAAAGAAGAACAAAAUAAACAUAUCAGUGUUAUAUUACAGAGGUAGAAAGCAGUUCUAUCCAAUAAGGAUAUCUAAGGGCGAACACGAAGAUCACAUGGAACUGCUACUACUAGGUGACGGUAAUGGGAAGCUACACUAUGUAAUAUAUGAACAACGAGAGCGAGUGUUUCACCGGGAUAUCUAAACACGAGAAAACAAUGAAUGAAAACACGAGCGCGAAGCUCGAGUGUUUUCAUACAUUGUUUUCAAGUGUUUGGAUAUCCCGGUGAGACACGAGCUCGAGUUGUUUAUAUGGCUUCUCAAAUGAAUCGAGACGUAAUAGAAUGUUUUCGCUGGCUGAUUUGAAUAGAAUUCUUAACCAAGCAUAACGUAAUUAGGAAUUCUAUUCAAGUAAUUUUGCAUGCGUAAUUAAGAUAUUUGAUGAAAACACUAGUGACUUUCAUCAAGUAUCCAAAUGGCAUCUUGUGAUCAAAUAGGUGAUUAUCAUUGGCUAAAUUGCUCAUGAAUUAUUAAUGAAUUUGAGAAGUGUUGAUAAAGGAUGUUAACAGAUUACUGUGUACUGUGAGUAAGACUAAGGCGAAGGCCCACUAUUGUCUACACUGCUUCCACAACUGUGUGAGUGAAGAAGCACUUACCAAACAUAAGGAGAUCUGUGUAGAAGUAAAUGGAGUGCAGGCAACAAGACUCCCAAAGGUGGGGUCAAAGAUAAGAUUCAAAAAUCGUAGGAACUGUCUUCCUGUCCCAUUCGUAAUCUACGCAGACUUCGAAUCAAUACUUGUACCCAACGAGAACACUAAGAGUAACACUUGUAGUGAUGAGAGUUACACGGAAAGAUACCAGACUCACCAAGCCUGUAGCUUUGGAUUGAAGACUGUAUGUCACUACAACGAUAGCUACUCAGGAGAAUACGUAACUUACGUAGAAAAGGACGCCGCCUAUGUAUUCCUUAAGACUGUCAUUAGGGAAGCCACAAGAUGUAGGAGUAAUGUUAACAAUCUGUUUAAGAAGAAGAUGAUAAUCUCACCUGAACAAGAAAAAGAAUUCCUGAAUGCCGCAGACUGUUCCAUAUGUGGGGAGCUUCUUGGAGAAGACAGAGUACGGGACCACUGUCAUAUCACAGGACAUUACAGAGAGGCGGCUCACAACAUAUGCAAUUUGAAAUGCAGGAUAUCAUGGAAAGUCCCUGUGGUUUUCCAUAACUUGAGAGGAUAUGAAAGCCAUCUCAUCAUGCAAGAAAUAGGUAAGUUCGGAAUGGAGGUAAAUGUGAUACCAAAUAAUAUGGAAAAAUAUAUAUCAUUCUCCCUUAGGUAAAUAUCUAACAUUCAUAGACUAUUCAAUUCAUGUCCUCUUCCCUAGAGGAACUUGCUGGCAACCUAUCACCUGAGGACUUUAGGAUAGUAGGUAAGCGGUGGCAAAGAGAGGACUUCAAGCUGGUAACUCAAAAGGGUAUAUUCCCCUAUGAGUUAAUGGAUGAUAUCAGUAAGCUACAAUCGGAGGGACUUCCUAGUAAGGACAAGUUCUACUCCACACUGUAUGAGUAUGAUGUAAGCGACGAAGAUUACCAGACAAGAGCACAGAGAGUAUGGAGUCACUUCAACAUGAAAACAAUGAGGGACUACCAUGACCUCUACCUGGAGACCGACGUCCUUCUACUAGCUGAUGUAUUCGAAAACUUUAGGAGAACCUGUAUGGAAAGCUACGAGCUCGAUCCGGCACAUUACGUGUCAGCACCCGGUCUGAGUUGGGACGCCUUCUUGAAAAAGGUCAGGAAAGGAAAUUGA